UCCACACAUUCCCCUUACUCGAAUUCCUGUAUCGACAAUGGCCGACGCUGAAAUGGGCGAGGACGGUGGUAUCGCAAUCCGCACCGUCGAUUCACCCCCCACCGCAGGCAAACUGGCCGAAAGCAUCGAUGCGGGCGCAAUGGACAUGGCGACGCCAAAUGGAGCAGUUUCGAUGGUAGAAUCGACCGCCAGCCGGCUACCCGUCACGGUGAAUAAACCCACUCCAUUCACCUUCGACCUGGGCAAUCUCCUCGCCAUAGAUCCAAACCCGCUCCCUCGUGAUGCAGACGAAGGCAUACUUGCAGCCACCGCUAGAGAUGCUGCCCAGGGCCUCAUCAACCAGCUCCUUACAACCUGCGACAUUAAGUCAACCUCCGAUGGCGUCGUCCUCUCUCUCCCCCCUCCAACAACCCCGCUUCCCCGCGAAAAACCCAUCCCCACAGAGAAGCCGCCAACCAAGUGGGAGCUCUUUGCCAAGAAGAAGGGCAUCAAGGACAAGAAGCGCGAGGGCAAGAUGGUUUACGACGAUGCGAGCGGGGAGUGGGUUCCGAAGUGGGGCUACAAGGGGAAAAACAAGGAUGGGGACAGUGAGUGGCUUGUUGAAGUCGACGAGAACAAGGAGCGGGAGACUGGGGAAGCCGGAGACAAGAGGGCUGAGGGCCGGAGAGCGCGGAAGGAGAAGGUUAGGAGAAAUGAGAGGAAGCAGCGCGCGAAUGAGCGGAAUGCUCGGAAGAAUGGUUGAGGAGUUGAGGGGGCUGUGCGUUAAGGAUGAUGGCGAUGGCCGAAUGGGCGAGGUUUCAUGAUACCAGGUCUUCUCUCCGAUGGCAUCGAUACUCGUCUGCUGUUUGGUCCGCGGAACUCUAUCCCCGUUACCCUAUGGCUCUACACACUCGAGGACAUUCGGUGAACAGUGGCAAAAGCCCUUUAGAGGACAUUCAAUCAAUCCCGUUUGGGGAUGGAUGGCGUGUUUACGGCUCAAUUCGUGGGCAUGUGCACGGGAGCACUCAUCGACUUCGACAUAAUAGUAGAACAUAAUCGAUCC